UACACAAAACAAAACAAAACACAACUCAACACGAUGCUUUGUUUGGCUCCUGGAGAUGGACGCUCUGAUCAGCUGCUGCGGUGUUUUCAGCCGUGAACGAAAGUAGCCCAUAUUUUUUCCAGACGUGCAUCAUUUGUGAACAUCAAAGGACUUUUUUUUCUCCUUUUCUAAUUGUGUUUGUACACGCCAGUGACGAGCCAUAGGCCCUCUCCACAAACGGAGUUAAGCGGAUGUUGUGACACCUGUGGCUGAAUCUGCAUAGACAUUUGCGUCUGGUACAGCAAUCUGAGAAGAGGAAGUAGGUUGCAGACCAGUUUAGAUCCAUUUUGGAGCAAAGGUGUUCCGACGCUGCUUGAUCCCGAGUGGGUGAGAGCAAAGGUAGUCUAAAGCCAUUUACAGUCGCAUUAAUUUCUAAGCCGCUCUCGCUGCCUGCUUGCAGACAGCAGUGAACAUGGAUGAGAGGAAUUUGCUGUGACGAGCGCGUUGAGUGGAUUUGUGCAGCUGGGUUAACUAAACUAAGAACAGAGUCGAAAGCACCACUGCCACCACAGCCACCACCGACUUGCUCCAUUUGUUCGAGCAUCGUUUGCUCCCGUUUUUAUCUAUUUUGGUGAGGAGUCAAACACUGUGCUUCAUCAGUCAUGGGGAAAGACGAAUGCAAAACAAUGCUGGACGCUUUGAACAAAGUGACCGCCUGUUACAGACAUCUGGUCAUCGCCCUGGGAAGCACCUCGGACUCGCAAAACCUGCGAGAGGAGCUGAAGAAGACCCGCAAAAAGGCCCAGGAGCUGGCCGCGGCCAACAGGACUAAACUGACCGCUCUGCUCAAAGACAAGACCAUCAGCAAAGAUGACCGCGCCGAGUACGAGCGCCUGUGGGUGUUGUUCUCCAGCAGCAUGGAGCUCCUGGAGGUGGACAUGAAAAGGUCCCUGGAGAUAGGGCAGGAUUUCCCCCUCAAGGUCCCGACCAGACACCUCAUCCAGACGGGGAUGACGGGCAGCACCACCACAGUGGCGGCCCGGGCCAUGAGCGUGCAGAACAUGAAGUAUGAGGCGGACGGCAACAUCGACACGGCGGACCUGAAGGACCUGCAGGCCGAGAUCAGCCAGGUGGGGCAAAUGAUGGAGGAAAUGGAGAUGAAGGUGCAGGUGGCGCCGUGGGCGGUCGAGGCGAGACAGGAGGCAGGCGCUGAGCUCAAAUCCAACAUGAGCGUCGGAAAUUCCUCCGUGGGUGUCAUCUCCAUCUGCGAGGAAGACCCCAAAGAUGACGAGGGUGGAGAGCGGGAGGCUAGUUUCGCCUCGUUUUGCGCGGUGAUCGUGUUCUUCGUCAUCGUUAUGGUUGCAGCUGUUCUGGGAUAUUUGGUCAUCAACAUGUCCUGAACUGUGUAAUUACACCCAACCCUCAUAACACUGACGGGCAUCCCACCGGGCUGCCCACGGAGAUGCCAUGACCGUGGGUAAGGGCCGGCAACCUCAAAAGUGAGAGCUUUUGUUGGUAAGGGGGUAAAAAAUGUUGGACACACGAGUAAGAAGUUAUUAAGCCUCCUCUGAUUUCUGAAUGUAUCCGGUGGCGCCGAGGAGUUGCAGUAGAUAAAAUGUAGAACAAUAUAGCCAAUGUCUGUCAUGUGGAGAGGAACUGGACGUCGCACACAGUUAAGUAUUUUUGAUGGGGCCAAUAGCUCGUGCAUUUUCUUUUUCUUUUCUCUUUCUUUUUUUUUUUUUUUUUUUUUUUUUGUGGGUGGGAAUGUUGGGAGCGGGGGCAUGAAAUUCUGUGACAGUGACUGACCAUCAGGAUGCUAUAAACAGCGUCGCUGCCACGUAAUCCAAGUGGAUUAGUCCAAAAGCUCAUGCCUAGCCCACUGAUGUUAAGUAAAUGUAGUCCCCCUGAUGUUCAGCUGACUGUUGCUGUGACUUGGAGCCAGCAGAGCAGGAGCAUCAGCUGUAUUCAAGUGAGACACGCUGGAGCGCUUGCUUCAGCUGUCAGUUUUUACUCAUCACAUCACACAGGUUGGAUUUGCACUUUUCUACACUCCUGAUAGUACAGUUUUAAUAUACAUGAUGACAUUUGCAUAGCGGCCAGCCUGUGGUGGGCCUGUCUCACUUUAGGACAACACAUCACAAUGUAGGCUACUAAAAUGACAAGAGCCCCUGGGACUCAGGGCGCUCUCACAGCAGCUGUAAUCACUGUAAGCUGGUUUCUGUUCAUCUUCAGGGUUUCAUUUGAACAGUGUUGAAUGUAGGCCUACACACUGCAAAAUGUGAAUAGAAGGUUUGUAAAUAUACUGCUGUGUCAGAUAAUGUACAUACAAUGAAGUAUAUUUAUUAUAAUAAAAUGUACGAAACGCA